AUGACGCAGACCUUUUUGGUCUCAUUGAUCACCAUAAAUUUUGGCACUGAAGUGGAUCAAGAUCCAGAACUUAGAAGAGAAAAAGAUUUUGCUUUUAGACAAACUUGUCCUUCCCAUGCCCAGAUGGAACAGCUAAGGAUUAUAACUGGUGAAUGGUUUUUUGAAGAAAAGGCAAAGCAGUUCAAGCAAGUCAACGUUCUGGGCACUGAUAUAGUCCGACAGUCCAUCUUAAGAAGAAGUCCAGGAACUGAAGAAACACAAAGUCAAGAGCAAUCCCGCCAGGACCCAGAAAAGACAGAUACUUCGCCUUCUUCCGGGCAAAAGGCCAGUCGUGAUGGACCCAGGAAAAAAGGAUUUCUUCUGAGCAAGUUCAGAUCAGCAACCAGGGGAGAGAUCAUGACUCCAAAAACGGAAAGUGGGCGGAGCUACAGCUUGGACCUAGACAGCCAGAACUUUCGGAGUUUAAAGUCAGUCCCUGGUUCAGACAGGGGAAGCACGGGUUCAUCCGAUCUUAAUGACCAGGAAGCUGGCCCCUCAACCCCGAAAAGCAGCCGGAGCAGUGGUGUGACCUCCAUCACUCAGAGGUCACCAGCCCCAAGCACACACAAUGUGGCCUCAGUCAGCAUUAGAAAGCGGCAUGGUUUUGAAAGUUCCAUGGAUUUGGCUGCCAUCGAAAGCACGUAUGAGGACCUCACAAAGAGUCAUCGCAGAAAUGUUUCUGGUACACCUUCCAUAGCGGUGUCUGAGAUCUCCCUUUCCUCAGACUGGAGUCGAUCUGAGUUAGAUCUGAGUGGGUCAUUUCCAGAAGACUUAGAGAAUACUGUAAACAUAAGAAGCAAGUCCGUCCCUGGGGCUUUAGACAAAGACUUGGACUCCUUGGAAGAGACUGAGCAAGGUGUUCAUGGCUUAGUGUCCUCCCGGUUUUCUGCCAACACCCACAGCCUAGCAAGUGGCCUGUCAACCACCAGCCUUAACAGCAUGAUGAGUGUUUACAGUGAAACAGGAGACUAUGGCAACGUGAAGGUCAGUGGUGAAAUCCUUCUCCACAUCAGCUACUGCUACAAAACUGGCGGGCUCUGCAUUUUUGUCAAGAAUUGCAGAAAUCUGGCCAUAGGAGAUGAAAAGAAACAGAGAACAGAUGCUUAUUUCAAGUCAUACCUUCUUCCUGACAAAUCCAGAAACAAUAAGUGCAAGACCAAGAUCAGAACAGGCACCAAUCCAGAAUUCAAUGAGACACUAAAGUACACCAUCAGCCACACCCAGCUGGAGACGAGAACUCUGCAGCUCUCGGUCUGGCAUCAUGAUCGAUUUGGACAUAACAGCUUCCUCGGGGAGGUGGAGAUUCCUUUUGACUCAUGGAACUUUGAAAAUCCAAGUGAUGAAUGGUUUGUGCUUCAGCCCAAGGUGGAAUUCGCUGCAGACAUAGGCCUUCACUAUAAAGGAGAGCUAACAGUUGUUUUACAUUACAUCCCCCCAGAGGAGAACCUGAUGAUUCCUCUAGAACAAGUUCAAGGAAAGAAGACCUUCAAAAGGGGAAAGAAGAAGGAGUCCGUAAUCUUUGGAGGAAUACUGGAAGUGUUCAUCAAAGAGGCAAAGAAUUUGACAGCGGUGAAGUCAGGAGGCACUUCUGAUAGCUUUGUGAAGGGCUACCUGCUCCCAGAUGACAGCAAAGCUACCAAGCACAAAACUCUGGUGGUAAAGAAGAGUGUUAACCCUCAGUGGAAUCAUACUUUCAUGUUCAGUGGCCUGAACCCCCAGGAUAUAAAGAAUGUUUGCCUAGAACUUACUGUCUGGGACAAGGAGGCCUUUUCCAGCAACAUCUUUCUGGGAGGAGUUCAUUUGAAUUCUGGAACCGGUGUGAGCCAUGGGAAGAGUGUGGAUUGGAUGGACUCUCAAGGGGAAGAGCAAUGCCUGUGGCAGAAGAUGGCGGACAAUCCUGGGACUCCCGUCAAGGGUGUGCUCAUGCUCCGGUCCAGCAUGGGGAAGUGUAGGCUCUGA